AUGAGACGCUACUGCGCAGCAGCCGCGCUGCUGCUGGUCGCCACCAGAGCCUGCCCGGACGUGUCGUUCACUGCGCGCAACAUCGCGGUGGUCGGCAGCGGCGAGUCCGUCCUCGCCAUCGACGUCGACGACGACGGGGACAUCGAUGUCUUAGCAGCGUCGAAGAACGACGACACGGUCAAUUGGUACGAGAACGACGGCUCGCAGUCCUUCACCGAACGAAUCAUCACGACGCUGGCGGACGAGGUGCGCUCGACCUACGCCAUCGACGUCGACGGCGACGGCGACGUCGACGCGCUGUCGGCGUCGCUGGCCGACGACACGGUCGCGUGGUACGAGAACGACGGCUCCCAGUCCUUCACGACGCGCGUCGUCGAGGCGGCCGCCGACGCCGCCGUCUCGGUCUUCGCGAUCGACGUCGACGGCGACGGCGACGUCGACGCGCUGUCGGCGUCGAAGCAGGACGACACGGUCGCGUGGUACGACAACGACGGCUCCGAGUCGUUCACGGAGCGCGUCAUCACGACGCUGGCGGACGGCGCCUACUCCGUCUACGCCAUCGACGUCGACGGCGACGCGGACGUGGACGCGCUGUCGGCGAUCAACGAGCACGACGAAGUCGCGUGGUACGAGAACGACGGGUCCCAGUCCUUCACGGAGCGCGUCAUCACGACGCUGGCCGUCGAAGCGCAGUCCGUCUUCGCGGUCGACGUCGACGACGACGGCGACGUGGACGUCGUCUCGGCGUCCGCGGGCGACGACACGAUCGCCUGGUACGUGAACGACGGCGUCGGCGUCGUCUCGAAGAACGUCGUCUCGACGCUGGCCGUCGAGGCCCUCGGCGUCUACGCGAUCGACGUCGACGGCGACGGGGACGUCGACGUGCUCUCGGCGUCCGCGAACGACGACACGGUCGCGUGGUACGAGAACGACGGGUCGCAGUCGUUCACGGAGCGCGUCGUCACGUCGCUGGCCGUGAAGGCCGUCUCCGUCUUCGCGUUCGACGUCGACGGCGACGGCGACGUCGACGCGUUGAGCGCCGGCGAGGCGAUCUCCUGGUACGAGAACGACUGCGAGCCCUUCGAGCCGCCGCCCCAGACGACGUGCGCGAGCGUCUCGUUCUUGGAGCGCGUCGUCUCGACGCUCGCGAACAACGUCUUCUCCGUCUUCGCCGCGGACGUCGACGGCGACGGGGACGUGGACGUGCUCUCGGCGGGGGGCUACAGCUCGGAGAGCGAGGUCGCGUGGUACGAAAACGACGGCUCCCUGUCCUUCACCGCGCGCCUCAUCACGAACCUCGCGCUCACGCCCCAGGCCGCCUACGCGACCGACGUCGACGGCGACGGCGACGUGGACGUGCUCUCGGCGUCCGCGGACGACGGCAAGGUCGCGUGGUACGAGAACGACGGAUCCCAAUCCUUCACGGAGCGCGUCGUCACGGACUCGGCGGGCUACACCUAUACCACGUGUCUCUACGCGACCGACGUCAACGACGACGGAAGCAUGGACGUCCUCCUGGCGCGCAACGACGACGGGCACGUCGUCUGGUACGAGAACGACGGCUCCCAAUCCUUCACCGAGCGCGUCGUCAGCGGCACGAUGUUCGCGACUCGCACGGUGUACGCGAUCGACGUCGACGGCGACGGCGACGUCGACGCGCUCUCGGCGUCCUACAGCCAGGACACGGUCGCGUGGUUCGAGAACGACGGGUCCCAGUCCUUCACGGAGCGCGUCGUCGCGCCGUCGGCGGACGGCGCCCGCGUCGUCUUCGCGAUCGACGUCGACGGCGACGGCGACGUCGACGUGCUGUCCGGGACCCAGGAGGCCGGCUCCGACGACAACGACGACACGGUCGCGUGGUACGAGAACGACGGCUCCGAGUCCUUCACGGAGCGCGUCAUCAUCGACACCCUCCACGACGUCCAGUCCGUCUUCGCGAUCGACGUCAACGGCGACGGCGCCGUGGACGCGCUCUCGGCGUCGAGCGGCGACAACACGGUCGCGUAUUACGAAAACGUCGGCUCCCUUUUUUUCCUUCAUCGCGUCAUCACCGUCGCCUUCUCCGAGCACGACAUCACCGUCAAUGCCGACGGCGCAGCAUGCACUUUCGCGAUCGACGUCGACGGCGACGGCGACGUCGACGCGAUGUCGGCGUCCUACCGGGACGACACGGUCGCGUGGUACGAGAACGACGGCUCCCAGUCCUUCACGGAGCGCGUCAUAACGACGCUGGCGAACGCCGCCAUCUCCGUCUACGCGAUCGACGUCGACGGCGACGGCGACGUCGACGCGCUUUCGGCGUCCGUCAACGACAACACGGUCGCGUGGUACGAAAACGACGGGUCCCGGUCCUUCACGGGGCGCGUCAUCACCGACUCGGCGUCCGGCGCCAACUUUGUCUUCGCGAUCGACCUCGACGGCGACGGCGACGUCGACGUGCUGUCGGCGUCCGGCAACGACGACACGAUCGCGUGGUACGAGAACGACGGGUCGCAGUCCUUCACAGAACGCGUCAUCUCGAACUCGGCGGACGUCGCCCGCUCCGUCUUCGCGAUCGAUGUCGACGGCGACGGCGACGUCGACGCGCUGUCGGCGUCCUACUACGACGACACGGUCGCGUGGUACGAGAACGACGGGUCCCAGUCCUUCACGGAGCGCGUCAUCACGACGCUCGCGGACGAAGCCUUCUCCGUCUUUGCCAUCGACGUCGACGGCGACGGCAACGUCGACGCGCUCUCCGCGUCCGCCAACGACGACAUGGUCGCGUGGUACGAGAAUGACGGGUCCCAGUCCUUCACCGAGCACAUCAUCACCGACUCGGCGAACGGCGCCUACUCCGUUUUCGCGCUCGACGUCGACGGCGACGGCGACGUCGACGUCCUUUCGGCGUCCCAAUGGGACGAGACCGUCGCGUGGUACGAGAACGACGGCUCCCAAUUCUUCACGCAGCGCAUCAUUACAAACUCGGCGGACGGUGCUCGCUCCGUCUUCGCGAUCGACUUUGACGGCGACGGCGACGUCGACGCGCUGUCGGCGUCCUCUCAAGACGACACGAUCGCGUGGUACAAAAACGACUGCGCCACGCACGCGCCCACGGCCGCGCCGACGACGACGGCCGCGCCGACGGCCGCGCCGACGGCCGCGCCGACGACGACGGCCGCGCCGACGGCCGCGCCGACGCCGAUCCCGAGCGCCCUGCCGACGGCCGCGCCGACGACCGCCGCGCCGACGAGCCCCCCGACGGCGACCUUCGCCCCCUCGGCCGCGCCGACGGUCGCGUGCCCCUUCGGUGCGGUCUUCGAGACGCGCGUCGUCGUCGACCUCCCACCCGGCGAGUCGCCGCUCUACUUCCUCCCCGGGGACGUCAACGGCGACAAGGACGUGGACGUCGGCUACUCGAAGCUCGACGCCGACGGCUCCUACGUCUUCGCGCUGCGGUCGACGUGCGACGCCGUUUCCGGGUGCGCGGACCCGGAGGUCGAAUUCGCGUCGACGAGCCAAAACCUCGGCUACGCGUCGGACCUGGGGAACAUCGUCCUCGAGAACCUCGACGGCGACGGCGACUACGACGUCGUCACGUCCUGGGGCGACAGCGACGGUUUCGGCGUUACCGUCCUCCUCGACGAGGGCGACGACGUCUGGACCGCGAUCCCCCUCAAACUCGGCGGCGCGCGCUCCGUCGCCGCCGGCGACUUCAACGGCGACGGGGAUCUCGACGUCGUCGCGGGCCUGCCGGACGACGACAGCGUCUACGUGUUCCAGCAGCUCAGAACCGGCUUCGUCGCCGGCGUGGGCGAACAGGUCGUCGACGCCGCCGCGACGGACGUCGCGCGCGUCGCCGCGGUCGACGUCGACGGCGACGCGGACCUCGACGUCGUCGCCGCGUCCGCCGCGGGGCUCGUGUGGUACGAGAACGACGGCGAUUCGAUCUACGGCUACUACAGCUACAACAACAACUACUACUACGGGUCCAACGACUACGGCGGCCGGCGCCUCGAGGACUAUCCCAUCGCCUGGAAGGCGCACGUCGUCUCCGAGGAGGAGGCGUCGUCGCUCCUCGCCGCGGACCUGGACGGCGACGAGGACAUCGAUUUACUCACGACGCUCGGCCCCGACCUCGUCUUCGGGAGCUUCGUCAACGACGGCGCCGGGACGUUCGCGAACUACACGUGCCACUUCUGCCCGCCGGGCGCCGCGUACGCCGCCGCCGGCGACUACGACGGCGACGGCCACAACGACUUCGUCGUCGCCUUCGUCGGCGACGAGACGCGCGUCGUCCUCUUCGCGCAGCACGAGGAGGACUUUUCGCCGAUCAACGUCACGACGAUCGCGGACGCGCCAAUCGGGCAGGUGUUCUUCGAGGACCUCGACGGCGACGGCGACCUCGAGAUCCUCGUCGCGGACUUUGGUAACGGGCAGAUCCUCGCGCUCGAGGAGGUCUGCGCCGAGGCGCCGGACCCGACGUUCGACCCGACGGCCGCGCCGUCGGCCGACCCGACGCCCGCGCCGUCGACGCUCGCGCCGUCGUCGCCGCUCCCGUCGCCGCCGCCGACGUCCCCGCCGACGGCGCCGUUCGUCGCCAUCGACGCCAUCGGCGAGAGCUUCUACUGCGUCGCGGAGCUCGAGUGCGCCGUGCACUGGACGUACCGGGGCGGCGGCGGGACCUGCGAAAAGGUGUUUAUCGACGUGACGCGAAGCGCCCUCGACGUGGUCAAUUCGGGCGUCGCGCCUAACGCGCCGGGCGCGAAUUCCUUUUCCGUGACCGUGCCGUCAGACGCCGAAAUCGCGAGCUACACGAUGACGCUGUCCUCCUUUCCGACGCCCGACUGCUCCGGCAACGCGAGCCUCUUCUCCUACGAGCGGGGCCCCGACGUCGAGAGCUGGGCGGGCUCGACGACGACCUCGUACGCGGGCCUGGACGGCACCAACGGCGCGGUCCUGCGGACGCUCGACGACGCGGACACGACCCUCGUCACGUUCCUCUGCGCUCCCGACGACGUCGAGGUCUGCAACACGGUGGUGUUCGACUUCGGAGACGCCGUGCCGAGCGGCGACCUCUUCUUUCGAGUGACGCUGGGGAACUCCUCUAUCGAAACGUCCUUCGACGACGAGGAGAGCCCGGUGUCGACCUACAUGUUCUGCCUCAGCCACGGCGCCAUCGUCCGCGCGCCGACGGCCGCGCCCACGGCGUCGCCGGCGCCGACGACGGGGAGCCCGAGCGACGCUCCAACGCCGACGCGUCCUCCGACGAUCUACUGCCACGACGACGCCGCGUGGUACAAGCGCGACGCGCCGUCGAAGCACUGCGACUGGGUCGCCGGCUAUUCCGCGGGCCGCUGCGAGGUCGUCGGCGCCGACGAGCGCCUCGCGCACGAGGCCUGCCGCGCGAGCUGCGGCUGCUCCGCGCCGCCGUCGGCCGCGCCGAGCGUCCCCCCGACGGCCUCCUUCCUCGAGAUCACGUCCGUGGGCACGGAGCAGGUCUGCGUCGGGAAUCUGGAGUGCCCCAUUUUGUGGACCUACCGCGGCCCCGACUGCGCGACCGCGAGCGUCGUCGUCGUCUCGUCGGCCGACGGCGCCGUCGUGAGCUCCGCGGCCGGCGUGGACAACUCGGGCGCGGCGACGGCGAUCGUGCCCGGCGACGCGGCCCUCAGCGACUACGAGAUGACCAUCGCGGCCUGCGGCGUCAGCGGGACGGCGACGCUGACCGUGAGCGCGACGCCGGCGCCCACGCUCAACCCCACGACGCUGAGCCCGUCGACGAGCGCGCCCACGCGUCGCCCGACGACGCCGCGCCCAUCUUCAUCAACGCCAACUCACCGACCGACGCCGCGGCCAACGACGCGAGCGCCGACGUCGUCCCCGCCGACGAGCGCGGCCCCGUCCCAAGCGCCGGCGAUCGCCGUCACCAUCGCGUCGUCGCUCGUCUUCGACGACCUCGACGCCGCGGCCUUCAACGCCGACGCGUCCGCCCAGGAGGCCUUCCGCCAGUCGCUCGUCGCGACGGUGGCCCUCGUCGAAUCCGCGGACCAGGUGUCGAACGUCGUCGCGACGAGCGCCCGGCGGCGGCGGCUCGACGAGGGCGCCGCCGCGGAGGUGUCGUACGACGUCACGGUCGUCGUCGAGGGCGCGUCGGACGUCGACGCGGCGACGGCGGACGUCCUCGCGACCUACGAGGCCGACCUCAGCGAUGCGCUCGAGGAUGGGUCCUACGCCGAGGCCCUCGACGACGCGGCGGACGCCGAGGGCACGGAUUUCAGUUUCGACGUCGACGAGGCGUCGUCCGUCGCGAGCGUCGAGGCGUCGGAGGUCGACAAGGUCAUCAUCGGCACGCCGGCGCCGACGCUCUCGUUCGCGCCGUCGGCGGCGCGGCCGCCGCCGAGCGGCGCGCCGACGCUCGAGCCGAGCCCGCGGCCGACGACGGCGGAACCGACCGCGGCGCCGAGCACCGCGCGGCCGACGACCGCGCCGCCGACCGCCGCCCCGACGGUCCCGCCGACGGCGACCUUCGCCCCCACGGCCGCCCCGACGCUCACGCCCUGCGAGCUCGUCGCCGUGCCCGACCCGCCCGUCCUCGCGGCCGCGGCGUUCUCGUCCUCGGGCGCGCGGCUGACGCUGACCUUCGACGCCCCGACGGACCUCGCCGGCCUCGACGCCGGCGCGCUUUUCGCCUGCGGGGACCUCUUCGACUUCCCCGGCGCCGCGGACGCGUCGUGCUACUGGUACAACGCGACGGCCGCGGACGCGACCGUCGACGCGGUUGUCCCGGGCGACGCCGCGACGCUGCGGCCGGGCCUCGUGACGCGGGCCUGCGUGCCCGGCGACCGCUGCGACUGCUACGGCUACGCGAACGCGUCGGAGGCCACGGUCACGGCGUCGAAUCCCGCGGUCCCCGUCGCCGUCGUCCAGGGACCACUCUUGGCGUCGACGUGCGACGGCUUCGUAGUGUCCGCGGCGCAGUCGACGGGCGGCGGCGGCCGGCCCCUGGAAUUCGCGUGGACGGCGGCCGUCGACGGGAACGCGUCCUACGUCCUCGACCCGGCGAACGCGUCGGCCGUCGGUGCGACGCCCGCGGCGCUCGCCGCGCUCGUCGACGCGGGCGCGACGGCCGUCGACCUCCGCCUCAACGUGACCAACUUCUUCGGCGAGAGCGACGUCGCGGACCACGUCGUGCGCAUCACGGACAAGGCCGUGCCGAGCUGCGAGCUCGUCGGCGGCGAUCAUCGGACGUUCCUGCGGUCGCGGCGCGUCGACGUCGAGGCGCGCGCGUCCGCCACUGCCUGCGACGGGCGGCCCGUCGCCGCGCGGCGCGUCGCCUACGUUUGGAGCCUCGCCGACUCCGCCGGCAACCUCAUUGACGUCGCCUCGACGGCGAGCAACCCGCGCUUCUUUCGCCUCGACCCGCUCGCGCUCCCGCUCGGUUCCUACGUCCUGACCGUCGUCGCGGUCGACGACUGGGGCUACCCCGUGCUCAACAACACGGCGGCCUGCACGCUCGACAUCACCGCCGGCGACGUCGUCGCGCUCAUCGCCGGCGGCACGGCGCGCGUCGUCGCCGCCGCCGAGGCCCUCGCGCUCUCCGCGGCGGACUCGUACGACGAGGGCGGCUCGGAGCUCUCCUUCGCCUGGAACUGCACGGGCGCGGCGUGCCCGGCGCCGCUCGUCGCGACGGGGGCGACGCUCGCCGCGGGCCCCCUCGCGCCGGGAACCUACGUCUUCGCCGUCGAGGCGACGGCGUCGGACGGCCGGGCGGCGUCCGCGUCCGUCGCCGUCGACGUCGUCGCCGUCGCGCCGCCGGCCGUGUCCAUCGGCGGCGGCGGGGCGGCCUGGAACGCCGACGCGAAGAACGGAGUCGGCGGCUACGUGGAGGCCUCCGGCGCGGCACGGAUCAAUUCCACGUGGACACUCGCGUUCGGCGACUUGGCCGGCGGCGCCCGGCUCGCGGACGUCGCGCGGACGCCCCUCGCCGUCUCCGCCGCGGCGUCGUCCGUCGCGCACGACCUCGUGCUCGCGGGCGGGUGCCUCGUCCCCGGCGCGUCCUACGUCUUCCGCCUCUCGGCGACGUACGAGGCCGCGGGCGCCGCGUCGUCGGGCGAGGCGCGCGUCGCGGUCUCCGCGGCCAUGCCGCCGUCGUCGGGCGUCGUCGCCGCGAGCCCGGCGAGCGGCACGGCCAUGGCCACGGCCUUCGCCGCCGCGGCGUCGCUCUGGGCCGGCGACGCGCUGCCGCUGCGCUACGAGUUCUCGACGGCGUCCGGAAUUCUACGCGUCGCGUCCGUGGAGCCGAGCGCCGGCGGCCUGCUCCUCGCCGCGGGGACCCAGGUCAUCACCGUCGCCGUCACGGACGCGCACGGCGCCGCGGCGACGGCCGACGCGGCGCCCGUGGCCGUCCGCGGCUUGGCCGCGAACGCGUCGCUCGCCGACGCCGCGGACGACGCGCUCGAGGCCGCCUUCGCCGAGGACUCGCUCGACGCCGUCUGCCGCGCCGUGACGGCGUCGGCGGCGUCCGCGGGCGGCCGCAACGACACGGGCCGCCUCCUGGAGACGCUCGUGGACGCGCUCGUGAACGCGACGGCCAGGGCAGCACAAGAGAGCGAAAUUCCCAACUUCAAAGGCUCCGAUCUCGGCCGUUUUCCACUCGCGACGGCCGCCUACGUCGACGCGGACGACCCGGAGCUCGUCGAGCAGGCCUGCGCGGCUUUGACGGGUGUCGCCGCGCAAUCGUCGCUCGACCCGACGGGCGGCACGCCCCUGAAGACCCUGGGCCUCGUGCGCGGCCUCGCGGUCGCGUCCGCGGCCGAGGGCCUCGGCGGAUCCGACACGACGACGCCGCGGUCCAUCGCGUCCGUCGUCGACUCGCUCCUCGAGACCGUCCUGUUCCUCGAGGAUGCGCCAGUCGCCAACGCGUCGUCGAACGCGUCGGCGGCGGCGGCGCUGCUCCUCGAGACGGUCGACGCGCUCGCGGUCGCGCAGCUGGAGACGCUCGCCGUCGACGAGGACAGCGUCGGCGAGACCUUUGCCAACUUCGCGACGGCGAACCGGCGCGUGCUCCGGUCCGCGGACGAGUCCCGGUUCCUGGGCACGGCGACGAUGAACGCGUCCGCGACCCUGCGGCCGCUCGCGUCUUUGGGCGACGUCGCGUCGUCGGUCUACAUGACGCUGUCGGAGUUCGCCGUCGACCCCUACGGCGCGUCGAGCGACGCCGGCGCGAGCACGCUCCGCUUCCUCGCCUCCGACGGCGCCGCGACCCGCCGGCGGCUCGCCGGGGCGUCGACGAACCUCACGGUCGCGCUGUCGGUGCCGUCGGGCGACUACGGCGAGACGGCCGCGGCGUCGCGCGCGCCCGCGCGCGUCCGGAGCGUCGCGAACGUGACUUGCCCCUGCGGCUACUACGGCAACGUCACGGCGGACUGCGGGCCCUACCGCAACGCGACCGUGUUUUACUGCGACGGCGUCCCCGGCGAGUACGCGGUGUCGUGCCCGCUGUUGGAGACGGGCGUCUGCGCCAUCUACGACGGUUUCGACUUCGCGCCGGCCUGCGAGACGUCCGUCGUCGACGGGACGACGAUGUGCACCUGCGACCUCGCGACGGGAGAAGCGGCGGACGCGUCGCUGCGGUCGCGGCUGUUGGCGAUGGCGUCGACGUACGCGGACGUGCUCGCGGCCGAGCCCGACUUCGCGCGCGCGGCGGUCAUGCUCGUCGCGCUGGGCGCCGCGGCGCUGGGCUGCGUCGCCGCCGUCGCCUGGGGCCGGCGCCUCGACCGGUUGGACGCGCGGGAGGACUCGUGGAAACGCGAGUCCGCGCGGCCGACGCUGAGCCGCCAGCAGACGCUGGGCCGCACGGGGCCCUUCUACCGCCAGACGACCUGGGACCGCUGCUCCUACGCGCUGCUGACGCGGCACCCCGUGCUCAGCUUCUACGCGGUGCACCGGCCCGGCGCGCCCCGCGGCGCGCGGGCCGUCCUCGUCUUCUUCGAGAUUUUGGUUUUCAUGUUCUGCUCGGCCCUCGAGAGCAAUUUAGAGUUCCCCGAGCCCCGGGGCGGCUGCGGGUCCUACGACAGUGAGCACGACUGCGUGGAGGGGACGCGCGUCUACGCGCUCGACAAGUCGACGAUCCGCGCGCUCUGGUCCGCGUCCGCGCGCGACUCCUUGACGAAGCCGGCCUGCGCCUGGGACCUCUGCUCCCAGACCUGCGGCGCCAUCGAGCCCGGCGACGGCUACUCGACGUCCUACCGGCGCUUCGUCUUCCUCGCGCUCACGCUCGCGGUGUCGUUCCCGCUGUGCGCGCUCUUCGAGCGCCUCUUCGAGGCCUACGUGCUCGGGCCCGUGCCGGAGGCGGUCCGCGCGCGGUUUCCGCGGCUCGCGAGGCUCUGCUGCGCCGCCGAGGGCGAGGCGGAGGCGAGCGUCGCUCCGGACGUCGAGGGCGCGCCGGACGACGAGGACCGCGGCGCGCCGCCGGCGCCGGAUUUCGCCUCCUGCGCGUGCUUCGGCGCGGCGGACGCGUCGUGCCUCGCGCGCGGCGCCAGCGCGGACGACGCCGCCCCCGCCGCCGCCGCCGAGGAGUCGCUCGAGGCGGUCCUCGGCCUCGACAAGGAAGCGUCGCAGCACGCGCCGGUCGACGACGAGGUUCCAGAGGCGGCGCCCCGGCCGCCGGUCGAGAAGGAGGCGCGGCCGCCGCUGCCGCCGCUCGACUCGGAGCUCGAGCUGGCGCCGCCGGACGGCGCGGCCGCGCACCCCUUCGCGGCCAUCGUCGAGCAGAUCGAGCAACCCGCGUCCCUCGCGGCGCUGCCGACGCCGAAGCCGCCGGUCUACGGGAGCCCGGGCCCGACCGUCGAGGAACGGGGCCCGGAGGACGACGUCGCGCUUUUGGUCGAGGACGGCGACGGCGUGAUGGAAAAGAAGACGACGGUGCCCAAGGCCCUCCAGAAGACGCUCUUCGACGAGAAGACGGCGGACACGCUCCAGUGGAUGCCGAGCGCGACCUGGGAGGACGACGUCGGCGACGGGUCGCGGAGUUUAGGCGACGAAUCCUCGACGGGCCGGCGGCGCCGGGGCACGAUGCAGGCGGCGAAGCGGCGGUCGACCGACGCGGCGCGGGCCCUGGCCCAGUACCACUACACGGUCAAGGCCGCCGUGACCAUGGACCAGCGCCGCGCGGAGCGCUACGCGCUGUCGUCUCAGCUCGCCGCGCCCGUCGCGCGCGGCGUCGCGGCGCAGCUCCGCGAGCUCGACGACCUGUUGGCGGCCCUGGAGGCGCGGCGCGACGCGCGGGCGCGGGACGCGCGGAUCAUGGUCGGCAAGUACCGCGAGCGGCUCCUGCGGCGCUGGGGAUGGGACGCGGGCACGGACGAGUACGGCUCCGACGCCGCGUGGCGCGUGGAGCUGCGGCUGCGCCACCACAUGAAGGACGCGGACCGCUGGCACGACCGCCUGGUGGACCUGCGCGCGCGCUGCGACGACGACCGGGCCUACCUCUUCAACGCGCAGGCCUGUGAGGAAAUCAACCACUGCUCGGCGCAGGCCGAGCUCGUCGAGUGCGAGCGGUGCAGCCGCCUCUCGAAGCCCGAGCGCCGCAUCGUCGAGCGGUCCGCGGGCUACAUCGAUCGGAGCGGCGACGACGACGACGGCGACGGCGACGUGUCCGCGGCGGCCUAUCUCGGCGCCUGGGCGGGCAUCGCGGCGAUUUUAGCGGUCUUCUGCUGGUAUUUGAUCGCGACGGGUUCGGAUUUGGGCCGCGCGGCGACGGUCGCGUGGCUCGGCGACGCGGCCGUCGGCGCGCUGCUCUACUUUUGCGUCGUGCUGCCCUGCGCGAUUUUAUUGUUCGGGGUCUGGUUCCCGUCGCUGGUCGUCGGGCGCUUCCGCGCGGCGGACGACCGGCAGCGGCCGUUCCCCUUCAAGACGAAGCUGCCCGACUCCGCGGCGUAUUUUUUACUGAAAGGCCACCCGGAGCUGCACGACCUGCCCGCGGCCAAGUCCAUCCUCCACCCGCCGACGGCGUCCAUCGACGACGUCGUCGGCGACCCCGCGGCCAUCUACGAGCAGAUCAAGUGGCGCUACCCGCUGUCGACGCAGAUCGGCAUCGGCGUCGCGAUCCUCUUCCUGAACAUCCCCGAGCUGCCCCUGGACGUGCUCUUCGAGGAGAUCUUCGUGCUGCUCCCGCUGGCCACGGGCCUCGUCGUGCCCCACGUGGGAGGCAGCUCCGUCGCCGCGGAGCUCGCGAACGCGCUCGUGGACCUGCUCGCGUCCGUCGCCGCGGUCCUCGCCUUCUGCGCCGUCGUCUUCGCGGGGGCCCAGACGACGGACUUCCUCGAGCGCCAGGGGCGGCGGGAGAAGUUUCCUGUAGCGGCGGUGACGCCCACCGCGGCGCCCUCGUCGACGGCCGUGGCCGUCGUCUUCGGCGACGUCGCCGGCGUGAGCUCCGGCGUGAGCUCCGGCGUGAGCUCCGGCGUGAGCUUCGCCGAGUGCGACGGCGCGAGCGACGGCGCGAUCGACUGCGCGAUCGACGGCGCGUACGCCGACGAGACCGCCGUCGCGGCGCGCGUCGCGGCGGUGCCCUCGUCGGCGUUCGUGGCCGUCGUCUUCGGCGACGUCGCCGGCGUGAGCGCGACUACGCCGAAGAAGACGGCGACGGCCGCCGACGGCGACGGUCGCCGACUUCAGCCGAAGCCGAGCGAAAAGGCGACUCUCAAAGCCUCGCUCAAAGAGUCGGGUCGACGCCGCUUCGACGAGCGCCAGAAGGAGCUGCUUCUCGUCAAGGGCGACGACGUGGGCGACGAGGUCUUCAAGGCGCGCGAGCGCGCUGCGCUGCGUCGCGCGCGGGACGUCUGCCGCAAGAAGCAGGUGCGCGAGGAGCAGCGCGUCGAGUUCGAGGAGCAGCGCGAGGCCGCAAAGGUGGCAGAGGCCGCCGCGUCCAAGGAGCGCGCCGCGGCGAAGCAGGCCCGGGCCGCCGCGUCCAAGGAGCGCGCCGCGGCGAAGCAGGCCAAGGCCGUCGCCGCGACGGCGCGGGCCGAGGCGGAGAAGGCCAGGGCUGCCGAGCUCGAGGAGCGCGAGGCGCGGGAAGAGGAGACGGCGCGCCGCGUUGCCGCCGAGGAGAAGCUCGCGGCGCUCGACGACGGCAGCGACGACGACGAUGGUAGCGACGGCGACGGCGGCGACGACGACAUGAGCGACUACGACAGCGAGGACGACGACAAGGCGACGGCGACGGCGGCGCUGCGCGCGAUUGUAAAAUCGUUAAAACAUCCUCGACGCGGCGUCCUCACGAGCGCCGACGUGCGCGCCAUCGCCCGUCGCGCGCGGCGCAACGGCGGUGCCGUGGUCGUGUCCGACUGCGACGGCAUCGGCGUGCUGCGGUUCGUGCUCAACCUGCUCAAAAUUCGUGUGAAAAAGUACGUCGCGGUGGAGAUUUCGGACGUCGCCUUCGAGGCGAUGCUCGCGAACAACGGCGACUUCGAGGGCGAGAUCGUCCGCGUCAAGGAUGUCUGCGACUACAAGUCCCUGCUCGAGGCCCUGGGCGACGACGCGAUCGACAUCUACGUCGCCGGUCCCCCGUGUAACGACCUCGCCGGGUCAAACCCGCGCCGCGAGGUCAACGACGUGCGCAAGACGAAGACGUCAAAGUUGGUGGUCCAGGUGGCUUCGAUGUCGAAGAAGAUCAGGCGGCAGUUCGAGAGCAUCGUGCAGAACGGAGCCGCCGUCGUCGCCGACGAGCUCGUCCACGGCGGCGCGCCGCGCCGCCGGCUUUAUUGGGGAAAUUUUGUGACGCCGGAGGCGCCGAAGGCGCCGCGGUCGCCCAUCGACCUGGGCAAGUUCCUGAAGAAGUUCAAGGGGAGCGCGGACCGGCGCACGGCGAUCCCCGCGGUGCCGGGCCAGAAGGUGGGGACGGUCCGCGUGCUCACCGCGCGCGCGGCCUCGGCCGACUACGAGCACGCGCGGAAGUCGCACAGGUCGCCCAACUUCGUGCGCAUCUCGCGCCACUCGGACAGGCUCCGACCCUUGCACGCGGACGAGCUCUCCGUGCUCCUCAACCUUCCGGCCCGCUACGGGCUGAACAUGAACGCGUCGCCGACGGAAACGGCCUACCUGCUCGGCUCGACCUUCGGGGUCAAGUCCCUCGCGUGGGCGUUGGCGCCGAGCCUCGAGCACUUCCCCCGCCUCGGCUAA